AUGACCGAAAAAACUCCAAUAACGAUUGCUAUAAUGAGUCCUGGUGAUAUGGGACAUUCUAUUGGUCAAGCUCUUCUUUCUUCAGUUAAAAAUAAAUUUCGUAUAAUUACGAAUUUAACAGAUCGUAGUGAACGUACAAAAAAAUUAUCAAAUUUAGCUGGUAUUAUUGAUGUUAAAACAGAUGAAGAAAUUAUUCAACAAGCUGAUUUUAUUUUUUCUAUUCUCGUUCCAUCACAAGCAAAUUCACUUGCACAACGUUUUGCACCAUUUCUAAACGAAAAUAAACAUAUUAUCUAUGUUGAUAUGAAUGCAAUAGCACCACAAACAGUCUGUUCUAUAAGUACACUUUUUCCAUAUGGAAAUUUUGUUGAUGGUUGUAUUAUUGGUUUACCACCGGGUUCUCAUGAACACAUGCCAACAUUAUAUUUAUCUGGUGAACAUGCACAAAAAAUAGCAGAUCUAUUUCAAUAUACAAAUUUAAUAAAAGUAUGUGUUAUAGGACAUGAAAUUGGUCAAGCAAGUACAUUAAAAAUGUGUUAUGCUUCGUUAGGUAAAGGUAUAACUGCAAUAACUAUUCAAUCAUGUAUAACAGCAAAAUUCUAUGGACUUGAAGAAAUAUUUUUCAAUGAAUUAGAACAAAGUAUGCCAUAUAUAUUUGAAAAAUUAAAUAAAUCCAUUCCACAUAUGCCACCAAAAGCAGCUCGAUGGAUUGGUGAAAUGAAAGAAAUUGCAAAAACAUUUGAAAAUAUUGGUUUAUCUGAAAAAAUCUUUCAAGGAGCUGCUGAAACAUAUCAAUUUAUUGCUGAAAAAACACCAUUAGGUAAUGAAAUAAUUGAAGAAAGAAAAUAUGGACAAACAUUAGAUGAUGCUUUAGAAAUAAUGACACAAUCAUUAAAGAAAACUGAAACAUAA